GUCCAUUUUGACAUAAUCAAAUCAUUUGUCAAAUGUCAUUAGCCUGAUGUCUAUUUGAUCGCAUUGUGAAAUACACAGUCGAAAUCAAAAAAAAUCUCUGAACAAUGGAUAUUGGGUUAACGUUUGCAAAGUAUGCUCUAUUCCUUUUCAACUUAUUGUUUGCCGUGCUCGGCAUAGCAAUGGUUGUGAUUGGAAUUGGUGUGAGUGCAAAGCUUGUGGAAUAUGAGGAUUUCAUUGGAAACGAUUUGAUACCACACCCGAUUGUCUUGAUCGUUGUUGGCUGCGUUAUGUUCUUCAUCGCAUAUUUGGGCUGUUGCGGUGCUAUCAAAGAGCAAACCGGCAUGCUAUGCUGUUAUUUAUUCAUGAUGAUAAUUCUCGUUGGAUUUGAAGUCGGACUCAUUUGUGCCGCUUAUUCGAAAAGAGAUCAAUGGGAGAGCAUUGUCAAUGAACAACUCAAUUACACACUCCAUCACGCUGAUAAAGAUCAAUCGUUCUACGCAUCUUGGAAUAUGUUGCAAACUAAUUUGAAAUGCUGCGGAAUUGAUGGUCCAAAUGAUUGGAAUCAUGUCUUACCCAAUGACACCAUACCCGGAUCAUGCUGUCAAAAAGCCGCCGACGAUAAAACAUGCACCAUAACCGAAGCCAUACAAACUGGAUGUAAAACGGCUUUCAUCGAAUUUUUAAACAGUCACAUUUUUACGGUGAUUGGCUAUGCGAUCGCAGCUGUUGUACUUCAGCUUCUGGCCAUCGUAUUCCCCUGUUGCUUAUUUUCAGCAAUCCGAAGAGAUGAACGGCUCCCAAGAAGAUGGCACCGCUUCUAAACCGUAGAUCUAUCUGUAGUACGUUCUAUGGCUACGAGUUUAACACAAAUACAAUUUAACUAAAUUUAUUUGAAUCCAAUUGUAUCUUUUUGAAUCUAGUCAAAAUGAAUGAUUGAAUAUUAUAUGUGAUAAAAUUAAGUGCCAGAAUUGAGCCGAAUUUUUCCGAAUCUCUGUACUAAUUAAUAUUGUGUCAACUCUCUAGUUCCAUGAUUACACACAACUCUUAUUGUUUCACAUCUACAUAAUCCACAACGGAAUAAACGAUCUUAGCCAGACCAAAAGAAAAAGUAAAAUGGAACGACCAAACUCGAUUUACAUCGAUGCAAUAUUGGUCUCGAAGCAGCCGUAUUAUUUGCUUAAAUUUUUUUUUCGCCUAUUUACAAAGAAAUUAAGUAAGAGCUAAUUAUGUUUUAUUACUAAAGAAAAACCUAUGGUUGGUUAAUUUUCCAUAAGCAAUACGAAAAUGAUCUACAAAUUCAAUUUUAACUUUAUUUGACAAAAAAAAACGAGUUAUUAUUGAGACCAAAUAAAACUCAGAAGUAACUUUUAAUUGUUCCUUUAUCAACUUGAAAUAAAAAAAAAAACGAC